AAUGCUCAGUUUCUUCUUCCGACGGACCCAAAACCUUAAGAACUUGCAAAAACUGCAAAACCCAAUUCGAUCCUCUCCUGAAUCACCCACGCGCUUGUAGAUUCCACACUGCUCAUUUCGGAGGUGAGACAAAGAGGAAAUUUGAGAGUGUAUAUACUGGUGGAACAAUGGAUACACCAAAUUCAGGAAAAGUGUUACAAUAUUGGCAUUGUUGUGGUUCUGAAGAUCCUUUUGAUUCUGGUUGUACUGCUUCUCCUCAUUUUUUGGUUUUUCUGGUGGUAAGAGUUAGGAUGGGAGAUCAUUUAGUGUUGGUGGUUGAUCGGUUAUCAAGCGAUUCGGGAGUUGGGACGGUGAACCGAACAGAGGUUAAAACUGACUUGGUUAAUGGAGAUGGUGCACCUGAAUCUGUAUCUGCAGGAGCUGAUUUAUGUGAGAGUAAAUUCGUACAAUGUAGGAUUUGUCAUGAUGAAGAUGAAGAUUCCAACAUGGAUACGCCUUGUUCUUGUUCUGGAACAUUAAAGUUUGCACAUCAUAAUUGCGUCCAGAGAUGGUGCAAUGAGAAAGGUGAUACCAUAUGCGAAAUUUGUCGUCAGCAAUAUAAACCUGGCUACACAGCCCCACGACAAUUGUUUCACUACACAGGCAUUUCUAUGAACUUCAGUAGCGAUUGGGGAAUCGAGGGACUAGAUCUUCGUAAUCCUUAUUUCCUAACGUGGGGGCAUGCAGAUGAUGAUCAAGAUCUUUACUCAUUUCAUAGCCCCACAAGCUUGAUUUGUUGCCGCGUAAUUGCCUUGCUAUUCGUCCUUCUGCUCUUCCUGCGCCAUUCUCUUCCAGUUUUACUAGGUGGAGUCGAUGAUUUCUCGUUAACGUUGCUCAUGUUACCAUUAGUGAGAACGUUAGCAAUAUUGUUGCUUGCAUAUGUAUUUGUCAAGUCAUUCAUUGUUAUACAACGUUGCAGGCAAGAGAGGGAUAUGAGACUCUCUGGUUUCUCGUCUGAUGAAGAAACUGCACCGCCUCGGAUAUCGAUGGCAUUGCCGGAAAGACCCGAACUUCAUGUUCCCAUAACCUAAGAUGAUCAAUAUUCAAUAUAACUUCUCCUUAUAGAUGUUGUUUGAUUUGUAUAACAUGAACACACAUAACUAACCCACAGAAUAAAUGUUGGUAUUCCAA